UGUCCCCGUGUUAUUUAAAGCCAGAGAUCCUCCCUCUCGCCGAGCCACUGUGUUGCAUCUGUCUGCCUCGCCGCUUGUGUGUCUGGGUGCGUGUGUGGAUGAGAGUGCGCUAAAAAACCCAGGCAGCCAGUGGGAGAGCUAGAGAGCGAGGGAGAGAGGCACGGGGGAAAGGCAAAAAUCAUCCAAGAAGGGAGAAGGAACGGGAGUGUGAGACAGCUAUGAAAUUCAUCCAAGCUAUUUGCUUACUGCUUCUCUGUCCGGCUCUGAGCCUCAAUACCAGACAAAGUUACGAUGGGCUGGAAAAGAAGCUAAAGGAAGUCUUCACUGAACGAAGCAGCAUUCUGCACCAGCUCUCCAAGACUUCAAAGGAACUGGACAGCAUAAAAGGCAACCUUCAGUCACUGAAAAAUGAUGACACAGUAGCCAAGAAAGAUGUGCAGAGGAUUUUGGAGCUGAGCCACAAACAGAGAGAGGAGAUGAAGUCCCUCCAGGCAGCCUUGCAGAAGCAGCUGGAUGAGGCAAAUGAGAAAGCGGAGAAGCAGCAGGCCACGAUUAAAUUUCUUAAAGUGGAGAUGGAGAAAAAAACCAAAAUCAUCAAGGAUUUACAGCAAGAGAACAAGAGCUUGAAAAACAAGCUGCUCUCGGGGAACAAACUUUGUGAUGCCUAUGCUGAGGAGUCCAAAAAAAUCCAGGCUCAACUGAAAGAACUGCGGUACGGGAAAAAGGAUUUAAUUUUUAAGGGGCAGCAGCUAAUGGACUUGGAACACAAGUUAACUGUGGCCAAGGAAGAACUGGAGAAGACUGCGCUGGAUAAGGAGUCUCAGAUGAAGGCGUUGAAGGACACAGUUCACAUCUGCUUCUCAGCCGUCCUGCACAACCAGCCCAGCAGCAGUCACAGAUUUCCCACCUCCCCCACCCACUUGUUCAGAUACUCAUCGCUCAUCAACAGCUCUAGAGUCACCUUUCAACAGCCACAUGCCAAGGAUAUCUCCAAAGUUCAGAGAAUUGUCACUGCCAGUAAAUCACCCAUGAACGUCAGUGUCAUGAGGAGAGAGAAUGGCGGAGCCAAAGAGUGCCAGAUGGAAAAGACUGGGAGUGACUGCUCCCAGAAUCAGACGGAGGAAUCAGCUCCAGAAAGCAGAAAGCUACCAGAGCAACAGCAGGAAAAGAGCCAAGUGCAGAGUGGAAAAUUCAACACAAAGCCCACACACGACAAUGACGAGGCAGAGGGAGGCAGCAGCAAAAAGACAAAGCCCCAUAAAUACAACUGAGAGGACGGCAUAUCAACGGGAGCACAGAUCUACUGCAUUGCCUGAAGGAUCUUUCUAAGAGCACAUACUCGCACACUUCUACAAAACGCAUGCACACACACACAGACACACACUCACUUUUUCGACACACAUGCACACAUGCGCAUAUCAGCAUUGUUAGCAAGAGCUGAGACACUGGAAUUGUCAAAAAAUUUAAAACUGUCAUCUAAAAAAAACCUCCAUAGUAAAAUGGCAUGCGUUUAGAAAUUUUUUUCAAAGGUAGCAAUGGCACUGGUAACUUGUUUCAUGAUCGUUCAUUUGUUGUUUACUUAUCUGAGUUCUGUUCCGAGUGAGGACACUGCUUUCUAAAUGUGUGAUCUUUCUAGAAAAUCCCUUUGCACUGGUGAGGUCUGACACUGUAUCCUGUGAUAAGUAUAUCAAUUGACAAAUAAAAAAGUACUCCUACCACUACUAUUACUACUACUACUACUACCCAACUUAGAAUAUUGUUUGUCACUCAUUGUAGCAAGGUUAAUUUACUCCUCCACAUUUUGAAAUAUAGAGGCUCAAGUUGGCUGGCCAACUGUUCAACAUUUAAUAUUUCAGCACUCUUUCUGCCUUUAACACUCCAGAGGCAAAGAGCCAAAGACUCACAAUGGGUCGUCUCCCUGAGAAUGUGCCAUGCACUGAGUAGUAACUCCUAGCUACAUGUAUCUGUGUUAUCUGACCUUUCUGUGUCCUUUCAAUAAACUGUAAUUUUCAGUAAAUGUGUGAAGAAUAAAUGGUUAUUUGUGGGAAAGAAA